AUGGACCAGUUACACGCACUUAUAUACUUUUUGACCUUUCCUUCAACUGUGAAUACAGGUUAUCACUCAUUCUUUGCACUGGCAACCUUUAUAUUUGGAGACACACAAUUUCCGGAGUUCAGUGCAGUGCUGAUGUUGGAUGAUGUGCAAGUGGGAUACUACGAUUCAGUUGAGAAAAAAGCAAUCCACCGUGUAUACAGUAAUUUAAAGGACUAUGAUGCAGAGCAGAAGGAUGCAAAAACUGUAAUGGAAACUAUAUACGACGGAAUGAAAACUCAGGCAUUACAUCUGACGCAUAAGUACAACUUAACUAAUGGAGUUAAUGUUCACCAGAGAAUUACCGGGUGUGAGUUUUCGGAGAGCGACAAUUCAGGAAAAAUGACAGUAAAGGAUGCUUUCAACGGUGUAAAACUGGACGAAAUGCAGUUCAGCAAGCAAAAAAUCAGUCACCAAACCAAUGGGAAGUGGUCGGAAUUCUUCAAUUUUAAUCCUGUUCAUUACGAACUGGUGUACUCAAACAUCUAUUAUCCUAUCUGCAUCAGUGCAUUAAAGAGGUACCUUCACAGUGAAAAAAAUAUUGUGAGGAGAAAAGUGAAGCCCAGAGUAAGACUCUUACAGAGGAGACUGCUCUCUAACUCUGGAGGGAUUCUGGUGACCUGUUUGGCAACUGGUUUUUACCCUCGUCACAUCAACUUGACUCUGCUCAGAGAUGGCCAGUCUAUGUCUGAAGACCAAAUCACUGGAGGAAUUGUGCUACCUAACUGUGAUGGAACUUAUCAGAUGAGGAAGAGUUUGGAGGUCAGUGAAGAGGAACUAAGAGGGCAUAAAUACACCUGCACUGCCACUCACCUCAGCCUGGAUAACAAGAUUGACAUAAACAUUGAAUAUAAUCCAGGACCACCUAUUGCAGUCAUAGUGUCCUCUAUACUGGCAGUGAUCCUGCUGUGUGUGAUUGCAAUGACAAUAGCUGUCAAAAAAUGCAGGACAGGCACUGCAGAAACAGAGAAGCAAGAGAUGCCUGAAGAUGCCGCAUCUUGA